CUUGGUACUUGAUGGCCAACAGUUCCAGUGUCUGAUCAUAGAAGUACCGAUUCCUAAGAAUUUAUCGUCAGUCACGACAUCCCUUGACUUAGACGAGGCAUUUUGACAAAAAGAAUCAAGAAGGCGUUGAGAGAGAGGGGGGCUGAAGACAGAAGUUUCGUGACGUAAUCCAAGAGGUCCUGGGCAACACUUUAAAAGCAUAGAGAAUUUCGCCAUUAGCGUUCGCAAUGGCUCACCGAUUGUUAUCAUACAAUCGUAAAUAUCAAAAUGUGCUAUGGAAGAGUCUGUGUAAGGGUUCUCCCGAAAAUGUCUGGAUGCAACGCCAGUUGGGAACCUUUCGAGGUCUCCGAUCAACUUCGCCAGUACUUAAUGAUAUACUCGAACGAAUCCUAAGCCUAUUUAAUGAACCUCAACUUCCUUCAGCUUUAAAUAUGAGUGCUGAUAAUUCCAAACCACGGAAGAAAUCAGGGAAGGAAUGGCCAAAACUAAAUUUGAACCCCCUCAACAAAAAAGAGACAGGAAGUGGUGGAAGUGGUGGGAACGAAGGCGAUUCUCAAAAACCUAACCCAGACUUUGACAAACUUGCCUUGAUAGGUGGAGGUUUGGUUGCUGCCUUUGCAGCUUACUCAUAUCUAGUAUUCUCAAGAAGUGGUGAGGAAAUUACUUGGAAGGACUUUUUGAAUAAUUACUUGAGCAAGGGUACAGUAGAAAGACUAGAAGUAGUUAACAAGAAAUUUGUUCGUGUGAUUUCAACUGGGGGUGUAAGUGCUCCUGUUUACUUCAACAUUGGAAGUGUAGAUUCUUUUGAAAGAAGCUUAGAAAAUGCACAAGUGGAAAUGAAUCUGGAUCCUCAGCAUUAUGUACCGGUAGUGUACACAUCUGAAGUGGAAGUUUUAAGAAUUGUCCAGGCACUCCCCACCCUACUCAUGAUUGGUUUCAUCUUUGUGCUCUACCGUAAGUCAAUGGGAAUGAUGAGCCAGGGUGGCCGUGGCCUUUUCAACAGUGUAACAAAUACCAAAGCCAAGUUGGUCAACCCAAAAGAUAUUGGAGUUCAAUUCAAGGAUGUUGCAGGGUGUGAGGAAGCCAAAAUAGAAAUCAUGGAGUUUGUGAACUUCCUUAAAAACCCUGAUCAGUAUCUUAAUCUUGGAGCCAAAAUACCAAAGGGAGCCAUCCUCACUGGGCCACCUGGAACUGGUAAAACUCUGCUAGCUAAGGCUACAGCUGGUGAAGCCAAUGUUCCAUUUAUAUCUGUAUCGGGCUCUGAAUUCCAAGAACUGUUUGUUGGUGUUGGUCCAUCGAGGGUUCGAGACAUGUUUAAGCUUGCCCGAGAUAAAGCUCCAUGCAUUUUGUUUAUUGAUGAAAUUGACGCUGUUGGAAGGAAGCGCUCCCAGCGAGGCUUUGGGCAUUCAGAACAAGAAAAUACUCUGAAUCAGCUUCUUGUUGAAAUGGAUGGUUUUAACACAUCUUCAAAUGUAGUUGUAUUAGCUGCUACCAACCGUAUUGACAUGUUGGACAGUGCUUUGCUCAGACCAGGGAGGUUUGAUCGUCAAAUUUAUGUUCCAAAGCCUGACAUCAAGGGAAGGUCAUCUAUUUUCAAAGUUCAUCUUGCCAUGUUGAAAACAUCCUUGGACAAGGAUGAACUGUCCCGAAAAAUGGCUGCCAUGACUCCUGGAUUCACAGGAGCUGAUAUUGCCAAUGUCUGCAAUGAGGCGGCUCUCAUUGCUGCACGUAGCCUUGGUGAAGAUAUCACUAUCAAAAACUUUGAAGCAGCCAUUGAAAGAGUCAUUGCUGGAUUGGAGAGGAAAACUGUAGUAUUACAACCAGAAGAGAAGAAAAUUGUAGCAUAUCAUGAAGCCGGUCAUGCCAUAGCUGGUUGGUUCCUUAAAAACACAGAACCUUUAGUCAAAGUUUCUAUUAUUCCUAGAGGCCAAGCCCUUGGUUAUGCCCAAGUCCUUCCUAGGGAAAUGUUCCUUCAAACCAAAGAAGACAUUUUUGAUAAAAUGUGCCAGUUGUUGGGAGGCAGGGUAUCAGAAGAAAUAUUCUUUAACCGCAUAACAACUGGUGCUCAGGAUGAUCUGAGAAAGAUAACUCAAAUUGCUUAUGCUCAGGUAAUGGAGUGGGGAAUGAAUGAAAAGGUUGGUAAUGUCAGUUUCCAAAUGCCUCGAGAGGGUGAUUAUAUGUCAGAAAAACCCUACUCAGAGAGCACAGCACAGUUAAUAGACACAGAGGUUCGUCAGAUUAUUCAAAAAGCUCAUGAAGCAACAAAGCAAAUCCUUACAAAACACAAGGCCGAUGUGGAAAAGGUUGCUGAAUUUUUAUUGAAACAGGAGGUGUUGAGUAGAGAUGAUAUGAUCAACCUUGUUGGCAAAAGGCCUUUUGCUGAAAAGACAACUUAUGAAGAAUUUGUUGAAGGUACUGGUUCAUUAGAAGAAAAUACUGAGAUUCCAAUCGGACUGAAGCAGUGGAACAAGAAGGCUGAAGGAAAAGAUGCAUCAGGAAAAGAUGCACCAGGAAAAGAUGCAUCACCGCCUGAAAAACGUUGAACCUUAAUCUUUUGUUAUGAAAGUGUGCGACUGUGUGAGGGAAAGUGUAUGUAAGUGUGUUUAUGAAUGUUUCUAUGUAUGAAUUUGCUUGUGUGUAAGUGUGUGAGUGAGACAAUGUUCAAGAGAGUAAAUUAUGAUUCAUUUUAGAUGAUUAUUGUAAAAUGGCAUGUGACACUAAAUUAUGUAUUUGCAUUUUCUAAGUCUAUUUGAUUGGGAUAUUGCUAUUGCUCAGGGCCUGUCAGAGAUACCCAUGUAAAGCAAUAAUUUAAAUCAAGUGUCAUUCUUUGAACAAAUGAAGUUCACUUUAGCUGAUUUUGGCAUAUGCAUGUAGCUUGGAAUUCCUUGUUUUAGUUUUGCACAUGCUCUUUCCUUUUUCGGAAUAUUGAGCGGCACCUUGGUUUUGUUUAUAAUACUUGAGUCUCAAGGUUUUGUUGCACAUUUAUGCAAACACAAGAAAAUAAAAGUUGCAUUUUUAAUGCUUGCUGUGGAGCAGAUUAUCUUUUAUUUGAUGUUGACUUUCUUGUUAAAUGUUGAGACUCGUGAUUGGUGGCUGUGGUUUCCAUCGCAGUUUGGUAUUCUCUUAAGAGCUGACGUAGCAGAUGUCCUUCUCUCUGACCUCUUGUUGCAUAGUAUGUAUUUCUUCUAUUGUCAUUGCUUUGGGCGCAGGAGCAAUAGUGAUUGAUCUUGUGAGUAUUGUUAGAUUUUUUUUUCUUUUUAUUUCGAAUUUGCCAAUAAAAGAGGAACUGUUAAUUA